AAUCGCACCAACCACGUUUGCUCGACUCCGUUUGUUUUUUUAGCGGGUCAGUCGAGCAACUCCACCCGUAUCCCCGUGAGGCGCACGUUGCUGAGAGCGCCAAGUUUCAACAAUGAGCCUGAGGUGCCAGCUUCAGCUGGCUUACAGACUGCGACUCAUUGCACAGAGGUGCAGUGCUGGAUACAAGCUACAGACGUCAACGUUGAGCAGCCGUCCCGGCCAGGAGACAAACUCCCAGUACUUCCCCACAGUCGUCAGCACCCGUAACUAUGCCAAAGGCGCCAACCGUCCAAAGCAUUCUGCCAAGGAUGCCAAGCCCAAGGUUUCACUGUCCGACGAGGAGCUCUCCGAAGUGGUGCGAAUCCAGCAGUUUCGCUCCGAAAUGCAGAAGGUUUUGCAGAGGCUACAAGACAGCUUCGUCAAGCACCUUUCUCUGCAUUCUGUCGCAGGGAACAUCGACAAAAUUCGGGUUCACGUUGACAGCCAAGAGUACUCCUUGGCCGAGGUAGCUCAGAUCUCCAAAAAGAGUGCUCAACUCAUUGUGCUCAACAUGGCAAGCUUUCCUGACGCGAUCAAGGCCGCUUUGAAGGCCAUCCAGGAAUCCGGCAUGAACAUAUCUACUCAGCAAGACGGGACCACAGUUUUUUGUCAUUUGCCAAAGGUUACUCGAGAACACAGAGAAACGCUGUCAAAGAAUGCCAAGGCCCUGUUCGUCAAGGCAAAGGAAGAUUUGGUGGCGAUUGAGCGCAAGUACUUGAAGGAAAUCCAGAAAAACAAGCUAGGCAUCUCCGAAGACGUCGUGUACAAUGCUUCACUACAGGUGAAAAUGGAAGCUGAGAAUACGGUGGAACAGGCGGACACGAUGACAAAAGCAAAGCAAAAGGAGCUGUUAGGAGAAAAGUAGCGUGCGUAAGGUGGGAGUAGGGUGCGGAAAUAUACGUCUGUUUUAGAUUGA